GGCGGUGUAACUGGAAAGCGAUUAGUGAGAAUUGAGGAAUGUACGUUUGUGUGGUAUGUGGAGCAACUGAAACUCCGCUUUGGAGAACCGGUCCCCAAGGGCCAAAAACACUAUGUAAUGCUUGUGGUGUGAGAUGGAAAAAGGGCAAGCUUUAUGAUGGGGUUAGUCCUACAAGAUCCGACUCUCUUAAGAAACACCCCACCGAAGUUCCGCUACCCCACCCGGUAUCCUCUAGAAAAAGAAGAAACCCUGUCAAAAAACUUGAGAACUGGAAGCAGAAAGAAGACCAUUUGAGGGAACAAGGGAAGGGAAACAACUUGUUCGACCUAGAAGCGUGGUACUCACAAGCGCUCAUUGCCCCUACAGCAACAUCUAUUGCGGCCAAAGCUGCCGAAAACUACUCUCGGAGACGUCACCAACCAGAUGAAAGGGGUAAUUUGUGGCGUUACUCCCCUUGUGAAAGAAACAAGAUUGUUGGGGAUGAAGGAGAACCACUAGUGGCACCCGUUCCUGUAAACUUCAAGGACCAGCAGUCCGGAGCCAAAGUGAAAAGGGUUUGGUUUGUGUCAGGUAUAGACUCAGAUUCAGAUAUGGAGGAUAUGACUCCUGCGCUUUUGGAACUGGAUUCAUCGCAUUCAGAGACGGAAGAUGAAAAAGUUGAAGAAUAUGGCAACUUUCCUGAGAAGAGGGAGGGAACACAAAAUACCCGUUCUUUCCUCCCGGAAGCGAAAAGACGUAAAGUUUUGGGUCACGAAAAGGAGCCAACCUUAUAUCAGUGGCGUCAUAGUGUGGCGGUGUUAUUAAACGCUGCACAAGCACUUGGUGAUAGCGUUUUGGGUCAAUAAUAUCUGUAUAUAUCUCAUUUGGGCUUCUUUUUGUAAAUAGCCUUGUAUAUAGCUACGUUUGUUGAAGUGGCACAAGUGAAACCUUUUUGCGCAGAUGGAUAUGUAAGUUUUUCUUCAGCAAGAAAUGAUUUCUUCUUUCCUUCCGCCAUAAUAUCGUUUGUUUAUAAUAAAGAAACUUGUGGCUAAGAAUAUAUUCUCAAACUCAAGAAGAUUUCAAUUGUCUGCAAAUCCAAAGUAAACAGAAUCGUUGUCAG